AUGUAUUCAACAUUAAAAGACUGGUAUAGUGAUGAAGAAGAUUCUGAAGCAAGAUACAAUCCACCAAAAUAUCCAGAAUGUAAUGGGAACAUAAAGAAAUAUUUGCAAGACUUCAUUAUUAGUACCCAAGAUCUAUUGGAAUGUGGAACAUCUAAAUCAAAAGGAAAUUGUGAAAAAACCCCAAAUUCUCAAUGUGCAUGUGGUAAAUGCUUAAAAUUGAUUGGUGCCAAUGAAUCUCAAAUAGUAUGCAAUGGAAAAUGCGAAAAUAGCUUCCAUAUCAAAUGUGUUGAUAUUUCUCAGCAAGAAUUGAAAAAAAUUCUAUCAAUGAAAGAAAAAAUAUUAUGGCUAUGUGAUAAUUGUAAGUCAUUUGUAAAAUCAUCUAAAACUGAUAACAGCACAACUAUACAUAAUAUGAAGAACAUGGCAUUAAUAAUGGAAAUAUUAUUAAACUUAGAACAAAAAAUUGAGAAUAUUCCAUUGAAAAUUAAUGAAAAUGAACCUAAAUUAACUUAUGCAUCAGUGACUAAUAGAAGCAUCCCAAUAGAUAAUUUAAUUACAUCAUCAACAAUCAAUAAUCAUGGAAUCAUCAUCAAACCAAAAAAUUCAACACAGACUAUAACACAGACAAAUCAAGAAAUACAAACAAAAAUAAUACCAAGUUUAGCAAAAGCACCAGUAAAAAGUUAUAAGAAUACAAAGAAGGGAUAUGUUAUAAUCAAAACAGAAUCCAAAGAAGCUAAUAAAAAUCUGAUGGAUAUUAUGAAAACAAAGUUAGAAGAGAAAUAUGAAGUUGACCUAAUUAAACAAAAUAAACCAAGAAUUGCAUUUUUGGGAUUGAAAAGAAAUUAUGAGAAUCAUGAACUGCUAGAAGAAAUUAGAAAUUUGAACUACAAUGUGGAUGAAGAUGAUUGGUUUGACAUCAAAUACUCCAGACAAUCUAAAUUCACCAAGAAAUGGAUAAUUUAUGCAGAAACCAAUGGAAGGACAUACAGGAAAUUAGUUAAUCGAGAGAUUAAUAUUGGCUGGGGUCAAUGCAAAGUAGUAGAAGAUCACAACAUUUUAAAAUGUUACAGAUGUUGUGGAUUUGGCCAUAAAACAUCUAAUUGUACAAACAAAGAAGAAAUUUGUUCUUUUUGUGCAGGAAAUCAUUCAGUUAACAAAUGUUCUAAAAAUACUAAACCAAAAUGUAUCAACUGCUUUUUUGACAAAUCUAAAAAUAACAAAGAAAUUAAUUUUAUGCACCCAAGUGACGACAAAGAAUGCCCAAUUUUUUCAAGAAAAAUUCAAAUUUGUAGAGAACAUACAGAUUAUUCUGAAUAACCAAAAUGCAUAGUACCACCAAUUUUAUUACUGACUAUAAUGAAUAUUUCCAAAAUUUGUCUGAUGUCAGUUUGGGUGUUUUACAUUUCAAUAUAAGAAGUAUAAACAAAAAUUUUGAUGAAUUUCUGAUAUUCCUUGAUGAUUUCCAUCAAAAAAAUGUCCAUUUUGAUAUUAUCAUAUUAUCUGAAACAUGGGAAAUUCUUGAUAAAAAUAUGUAUUCUAUCCCAAAUUAUACAAUUUAUUAUAAUAAUUCAAAAUUAUGUCAGAAUGAUGGAUUAGUGCUCUUUAUAAGAAACGACUUAAGUGCUAAUAUCAAUAUUUUAGAAAUUUACAACUUCAGAUUUAUUAGAUUGAACUUGAAGAUGAAUAAUUCUAACUUUGGAUUAACUACAAUAUAUAGACCACCUUCUUCAGAUUCUAAACAAUUUUUAAAUGCAAU